AUGGGCAAGAAGGGCAAGAAAGAGAAGGGCCGCGGGGCGGAGAAGACGGCCGCCAAGAUGGAGAAGAAGAUGUCCAAGCGCUCGCGGAAGGAGGAGGAGGACCUCGAAGCCCUCAUAGCCCACUUCCAGGCUCUCGAUGCCAGAAAGACUCGAAUCGUGGAGACACCCUGCUCCCCACCUUCUCCAAGGUUAAAUGCCUCACUCUCUGCUCAUCCUGAGAAAGAAGAAUUAAUCCUUUUCGGAGGUGAAUAUUUCAAUGGCCAAAAAACCUCUUUAUAUAAUGAACUGUACACCUACAGCAUCAGGAAGGACGCCUGGACUAAAGUCGAAAUCCCCAACCCACCUCCGAGGCGUUGUGCUCACCAGGCUGUGGUGGUGCCCCAGGGCGGCGGACAGCUGUGGAUCUUUGGCGGGGAGUUUGCCUCUCCCGAUGGAGAGCAGUUCUACCACUACAGGGACCUCUGGGUCCUGCAUUUGGCCACCAAGACGUGGGAGCAAGUCAGAUCGCCAGGCGGUCCUUCAGGACGGAGUGGACAUCGGAUGGUGGCCUGGAAGAGACAGUUAAUCCUUUUUGGUGGCUUCCAUGAGAGUACAAGAGAUUACAUCUAUUACAAUGACCUGUAUGCCUUCAACCUGGACACUUUCACGUGGAGCAGGCUGUCCCCGUCUGGGACUGGGCCCACACCCAGGUCAGGCUGCCUGAUGACCGUCACCGCCCAGGGCAGCAUCAUCAUCUACGGGGGCUACUCGAAGCAGAGAGUCAGGAAAGACGUGGACAGAGGUACCCAGCACUCCGACAUGUUCCUUUUUAAAGCUCAGAAGUCAGGAGGUGGCAGAUGGGCCUGGACUCGGGUCAAGCCUUCCGGAGCCAAGCCCACCCCAAGGUCCGGCUUCUCGGUGGCUGUGGCCCCGAACCAUCAGACGCUGCUGUUUGGGGGGGUGUGUGACGACGAGGAGGAGGAGGGCCUGGAGGGCCACUUCCUCAGCGACCUGCACUUCUACGACCCCGUCAGGAGCCGCUGGCUCGCGGGGCAGCUGAAGCAGGGACCGGGUCGCCUCUGCCCCUGCUGCUGGCACCAGCCUGAGAGACGCGGCACAGUGGCUGCUCUCCCGGGAAUGACGUCCCUGGGUCUUCAUCAACAGGGGCCCAAGGUGAAGAGGAGGCGCAGGCGGGGCAAAAAAGGGGAGCCCGGGGGCGCCAGCAAGGAGGAACUGAAGGGGGCCGGGGCCCAGGAGCCCCUGCAGGUGGUCAGAGAGCUGGUGGCAGAGGACGGGACCAUGGUCACCAUCCAGCAGGGGCUCGCUGCCCUGGGCCCGCUGGGACAGCCCGAGUCCGACGACAGCGACGAUGGCCCCAACGAGGCGGGGGUCCCUGCGGUGGAGCCCAGCCCCCGCUCCAGCGCCAUGCUGGCCGUGAAGCAUGGGCGCCUCUACCUCUAUGGGGGCAUGUUUGAGGCUGGCGACCGGCAGGUCACCCUCAGCGACUUGUACUGCCUCGACCUUCACAAGAUGGAGGAGUGGACGGUCUUGGUGGAGAUGGAUCCAGAAUCUCAGGAGUGGCUGGAGGAGACGGACUCGGAGGAGGACAGCGACGAGGUCAAGGGCGCCGAGGGCGGCGGGGAGAGUGACGAGGACGAGGACAGCGGCGAGGAGGCCAGGGAGCAACGUCCCUCGGCGGCGCCCGGUGAGCCAUUCGCAGACUCCCUGCCCAGGACCGAGCAGUAG